CCACCCAACCCGUACUCUCUCUCUCUCUCUAUAUCUCCAUCUUCUCUAUCUCGUCCUGUCAAGAAGAAGGAAGAAGACGAAGAAGGAAGGUGAAGAAGAAGCAAGAAGAAGAAGAAGAAGCAGCAGAAAAGGUGAGAUCUCGAUCUCGCACCGAUGCUCUCGAAUCGAACCUGUUCCUCCCCGAUCCCCCCGCAUCGAUUCGCCUGAACCACAAAAAAAGUUCGCGUCCUUUUCCCUCCUUCGAGGCGUAGAGCAGUUAGGGCCUUGAGCAUUCAUGGCGGAACUCGCGGGCGAUCUGCCCGGCGAGCUGGUGACCGAGAUCCUGGACCGCCUCCCGGUCGAGUCGCUGCUCCGGUGCCGCUCCGUCUCCAAGCGGUGGCGCCGCAUCAUCGACAGCCGCGAGUUCGUCCGCUCCCACCUCGCCCGCUCCUUCGAGUCCACCGCCAACCUCACCCUCUUCUUCCGCCACUCCUCCAGCCUCUACUGCAUCGACCUCACCUCCCUCCUCCGCCACGGCGGCGUCGCCGAGAUGAACUACCCGCUCAUGUGCUACAGCGACCAGAUCCGCGUCCUCGGCUCCUGCAACGGCCUGCUCUGCAUCUCCAACGCCGCCGACGACGUCGUCGUUUGGAACCCCGCCACGCGGAAGCACAAGUUCCUGCCGUACUCCGCCGUCGAGGUGCGGCGCUCCUCGGUUUUCUCCGUCUGCGUCUACGGGUUCGGGUACGACGAGAGGCAAGACGAUUACGUGCUGCUGAGGCUGGUCCAGCUCGUGACGGAGCCGAUCGAGUCGGAAGUUAGUAUCUACAGCUUGAAGGAUAACGCUUGGAGGCGGCUCAAGGACAUGCCGUACUCCCUCGUUUAUCCCCGCAAGAUGGGGGUUUUCGUGUGCGGCCAUCUGCACUGGAUAAUGACGCGGGAGCUGGUGUCGGAUUCGGCGAAUCUGCUGGUGGCUUUCGAUUUUCGAAUUGAGGAUUUUAAGGUGGUGGACCAGCCUGAAGGUAUCGAUAAUAAGCUUGACAUGGAUUUGUCCGUCCUGGGAGGGUGUCUCUGCCUUAGCAUUAACCGGAACCACAUGGGUGUCGAUGUGUGGAUUAUGAGAGAGUAUGGAUUGAGAGAUUCAUGGAAUAAGUUGUUCUCGAUACCGCAACCUGAAGUUGCGAGGCCUCUUGGGUUUGUCCGGCCGUUGGCUUACGCCAAGAAUGGUCGUCAAGUUUUGGUAAGACAGGACAGUAAGAAUCUCAUUUUGUAUGAUCUACAGACUAAGGACAUCGAGAGGGUUGAUAUAAACGGCAUGCCAAAUUCCUUUGAAGCAGAAAUUUGUUUGAGAACCCUUGUUUCGGUCGAUGAUUAUGGAGGAUACACCAAGAAGAAGCAGCAAGAAGCGGAAGAGAUUGAGAAUAGGACCAAGAGGGAUGACUUCCUCUCGGUGGGCUUCAAGCUUGUUCUCUAAUCGAGACAUAGUUGUGCAAGGGGGUGAGUUAUCUCUAUGAACUGUGAUUACUCUGAUAAAUGACUUCGCUUUACAAAUUUUAUCGAGCAUGAUUUUUUUAUAAAUUGGACUUUAAUUGAGAAAAUAUCGCUCCAAUUGUGUUGUCAAUUUUUUAAGCAAAAACAUCUUGUUUUAGAGGGAGGCAAACAGUUAUUGUGUCUAAGUUAUGUACUUAAGCAUCAGAUAGGGGUUUUAUUUUCUAGAUAAACCAUCUAAUGAUAACACAUGCUGUCUUGUCCCAUCGAUAUGACAUGGUCAUGGAGAAAUGAAACGUGAGCAAAGUUAUAGCUAACUAGUAGGACGGAGAUCGUGAAGGAUUCUAUAGUCGAGUUUUCCUGUCAUUUGUUUAUGCCCUCUUAUCUUUCACCUUUUGUUAUGCCUUUUUAACUUGCUAUAUAUUCUGUGUUUUGUAUUGUUUAUACUUUCACGUAUGUUUGAAGUCGUUGAUGCAUCCUUGCCAUACUUGCAUUGAAACAGUGUCAGUGUCAGUGGCUUUUUGUUUCUGAACUUCUUUAAGAUGCGAAUAUAACUUUGCAGCAUGUGUAUGUUUGCCUAAAGAUGUUGAUAUUUGUGGGUAGCCUUACCAACUUGUCAUAGAUGAAACAUUUUCACUUUUUCUGGUUGCAAUAGUGUAUCUUUGCUUUCUUAUGCUAUGCCCUGUACAAUAAAAGUUCCAUCUAUAACUUUAAUUUACCAUCUCUUUCUUGGGCUCUCUCUGGAUCUGAUCCUAGAACCUAAAUCUAAUCCCCGUAAUACAUAGGUGGGGGUCGAACCUCCCACCUGCCAAAUUCCUUGUGGGAUUUGUGAUGACUGGUUUACAAAUGCAAUGGCUUUAAUUUUAGCCCAUCAUCAUAAACGGCAUAAGGUUACUAAAUUAUUACUUCAAAUUACUUCUAAAAGAGUGAUGCAUUUAGUAGUUCUUGAAACUUUCAACAUAGGAGAUCUGUUUUCCUUCCAAUUCAUGAUAUAUCCUAUGCGUGUAAGAGUGUCCUUUAAUAAGUGAAAAACAUAUCUGAAAAGCAAUUGCUACAUGCUUUUAUGUGUCCGAGGUCUUGCCAUGACUGCCAAUUGGUUUUUCCAGGUGUCACAAACUACUCAGCGAAGGAAAUGCAGUAGGAGAAGUUAAGUUUUUUGCCUCAGUAUUUAGAUUCAUGGCUCAACUUUCGACAAUAUGGACCAAUGUAUCAUUGGGAAAGGUUUGGCAAAAAAAAGAGAAAAAAAGAUGGAUAAAAAUAACUAUCAGACCUGCCCAACAUACCCCUCCAGUAAGUAGAGAAUACUUUUUCCUUUCCCUGAAGAACAAACUGCUGAAAACUGCUGUCAACAGAAGUAACACAAAGAAGAACUAAUUAGCACAAUUAAGGAAACCUACUAAGCCCGCUGACAAGAACCAUACAACUUGAAAUUGAAGUUAAGGACCUUGACUAUGGUAUAAUAAGUUGAUCCUGUUGAUCUGCUCCUUCAAGUCCUUGACCUUGGUGAGAGUUUUGUCAAAGGAGGACAUGACAUCCCUCAAUUGAGUCCUCUUGGCACAUGGCUCUCCUCGAGCCUUUUCUCCAACUACAACAAUAGCGGUAACAUCUGUUUCCAACUUUCUCUCAACCACUACCAACUCUCUCAACCAUACUCUCUACAACUCGACCUAAUAACAGUUGUCACAAGCAGACACUUGAGAUCAUGAACUGUGUGGCAGUUAGGCUUUGAAUGACUCAUUCACCCUUUAGUAUAGUCAUCUAAGCUCAGCCUUCCCCUGAACUAUUGCUUACUCACUCACUUGGCCCAUCUCGAAUCAUACAGACGAGUGUUUAUACUUGAACUGAUAGUUACUCUUGUAUCGGAAAUUCCAACCGGCUAGCUUGCCUUUGACAUCAUUAUCGACGCUCCUAUGAAAAAUUGAUGUUCUAAAACUCUACAGGGAUGUUAAGCUAGAGGAGGAAUGUGACAUUUCAGUUCUGUAACAUUCUCCCCAAGAAUACUUUAAACAUUCCCCAAUUGAAAGUCACAAUCAACUGCAGUAGUGGCAAGGUUUGGGGUUAAAAGUGUGCUCCAAAUGGAUGGAUUAUAGGUCCCUCUCAAAAGAUUUUUGUUAAUACUGAUUGUCACAAGUUGAUGUAGAGUGGAUGAGCAGAGCCUUCUCCUGAAAAUGACAUUUUUGUGGAACCUGAGAGUGAAUCGCGAUCGGUUGAGGGAAGGUUCCAUUCAUGCUAAUAGCAUAUGCUUGCAGGCUUUUAUUGAUCAAAGUGCCAAAAUAAAAAGAAGCUGCUCCAAUGCUUGUCUUCCAAGAGGAAAAGGUGACAUGUAAGCUUUGUGGAGAGAAGCAUGGGUAAAGCAUGGGUAACCAUAGCGUAUGAUACUGGCAUUAGCAGCUGAAGAAGCUUUGUAUCGAUUCUAAUCUCUUCUAUGAGACAUCAUUUGAUAUCAGGUCAGGGUUAUAGAUCGAAUAAAAUUACAUGGAGAGGGAAGAUACCUACUUCUGGUCUAAAAGUGACUGCCAACUGUUGUCAUCUUGGUAUGUUAUGCAAGGAAGUUUGCUUUUGAUACAGUUUGGUGGCAAUAUACCACACAAGAAAGUUGCUGCAGCCAUUUUUAUAGUAGUGCCCAGAACACUAUUAGAACAGAGCAUCUAUUUUGGUCCGGCCACACAAACCUAGUUCAACCCAAAUCCAUGUGAAGCAUUGUUCUACAACAAGCUCUGUUAAACAUUCCAUAUCCAGUGGGUUGAGGGCACUUUAAUUGCCUGAGAGUGAGGAAUGUCAUGCAAUGUUGUUGAUUAUUGGGAAGGUUUUUUCUGAUGAAUCGGGAGGUGGAGUUCUCCAAGGAAAGAGUCCCCUUAUGAAGCAUUGUUCUACAACGACUGUUAAAAAGUCUGUACCUAAAACCAUAUGACCUCAACUUAUGUGGGAUCUUUCUUUUGCUGCCGAGUUGACAACGGAGCUGUUUUGAGGUAAUGCUUCCGAGCCAUCAUCGCUUAAGCAAUCAGUAUAUCACUGAAUAGUAGAGUUUCGUAUGGACAGAUUGAAGAUUGAAGGUGAAUAUUUUUUUCCCUUAAAUUUUGUCCUGUUGGAAUGGGAGUUUGGGCACCUCAUUUUAUGCGAUCUGCGGAGUUGGUUAUGCUGGGUUCUGUAAUGUUAAUUAUAUAGGCUGUAUUGUUGUUUGUGGAGUGUUGGAUUUCAUAUCAAAGCGUAUGGGGAAGGAUCAUCCAAGGUCUGCAUUGUAAUCACCCUAGGCGAAGCGGAAUCUGAUGUACUCUGGAGUGUACUCUGAAUGCAUGUUGUGGUUUGAAUGUACUUAGAUACCAGUAAUUUCCAGCCUGUUCCAUCCCGCACCGGCACGAGAAUGUAUCUUAGUUGCUCUAUCUUGUCAGACGUAUAUGCAGGGGCGCAUGCAGGUGCGUGUGAUGAAAUUGCGGUUCCUUCUCGUGUACAAGUUUAGAGUUCUUUUGCCUUUCACAUCUUAGCCAUUGCAAUUGAACAGGUUGGGGAGCACCAGAAGACUUGUAGUUGACUUAUCAUCGUACUUCCACUACAGGUCGAAUUGCGUGAGACCACAUUUUAAGUCAUCGGGGCCCUACAAUUAUGUCCUUUUUCCAUGGAAAUCUACUCCGGCGUGCACGUUACGAGUGCAGUACGCUUGUACGACUAGCCUGCCACCACCUUUGUUUUGCAUUUUCUCGGUCCAGAUUCCACAGGCCGAGACAUUACUCAUCGGCACGGUUUUCCACGAGAAUCUUGACUAAGGAACCCUCGUGGAUCACAACGUGCCCUUUUUUCCAUGCUUGAUGUUGUCUGGAAUCAAGGGAAGAAAAGCUGCAUGAGCCGAGUCAAGUCAAGGCACGGUUUCCAAAGGAAUCUGGACUUAGAAAUCCUCGUGGAUCACACGGGCCAUGCUACAGCGGGCUUGUGUUGACUGACCACGAAGAAAGAAGAGCCAGCAUGAGCUUAGUCAAGGCACUAGUGUUGGGUGGGGCUGUACCCUUUUGAGCGGAGUCAACCUCGGAGCCGAUUGUGUAUUUUCACUUGCCCAAGCAUAAUUACGGGGGAAAAAUAAAAGAAAAACAAUCCCAUUAUUUUUUUGGAGAAUAAAAAUAUCAAUGCACAAGUUAGAAAGAAAAAUAAUAAAACUACGGAUCAACAUGAUCUUUUCCUUCUCGGAUUGAAUGUCUUUUUGACCUCUGUUCAAUUCAUUGAUCGAGUAUCUGUACAAGAAGGUUGAACGUGGUGAGAUUAAAACAGAUUAAAAGAUCA